AUGGCCGACUGCAGGCUGUUCGAGGAAGAUGAGGUGUGCGUUUCCACGUCGGAGAAGGGUAUACUCUAUGGAUUGGUCACUCAAAAUUCCGAAUAUGUCAGCAGUGAUGAAGACAGCGAUAGUGAAGACACUCCCCAACGUGUCAAACGCGGGACCGUCGAAGUGACAUGGCAUCCCGGUGGGGAAGGAAAGGAAGUUAUUCUGCCGGAAAAAGAUCUUUGCCUGGCAGAUCGCUCCCUGAUGCCUGGAGAUGUGGUAAGACGGCUAAUUGAGGGGAAGGACAGCCAGCGAGGCUACGUUGUGGACUUACAGGGUCAGAGUCAUCUCAGGGUCCUAGGUGUGGAUAAAUACAUUUAUGAUGUCAGUACCAAAGAUGUGAUGCCUCUGCAGAUGGUUGAGACAGAUCCAGGAGAUGUCACCAUGGACUCGUGGGUGGGCAAAGUGGACUCCAUUGACAGAAAUCUCACCCUCAGAUUCCCAGAUGGUGCUAGGUGUGAAGUUCCUGAGGCGCAGUUAUACACAUUUGUUGAUGCAGUUGACAAGCGCAAGCCAUCAGAAUACUGUGUUUACUACCCAGGACAAGUUCUAAAAGGUAGAAUGCAUGAGCUGGCUUUUGCCAAGUGGCUUCAGUCGACGAAUCGUUUCAACUUCCGAUGUUGCAUGAAGAAACCCCAACAGAUGGUUACAGUGUAUGUUGAAAAGACUGGGAAAUUCCUCACGCUUCAUAAAAAACUAAUGUCAGACACAGUGACAGACAGCAACAUGACCAGCUUGCUUCAGCCCCUGGAAUCUUUUGCCUGUAGCGUACAGCUUGGAGAUCGUUGUUAUUAUGUUAUAAAGCCCACAGAUGUGCUGGAGACCAAAGCCCCCUGUUGGUUUCCCCCAUUACACCUCAAGCAUCUCUUAGAACAGACAAACUAUGUCCCUCCUUCGCAGCAUCAAGAGGAUACUUCAUCAUCAAAAAGUACUAGAAUGAAUAACACAACAGAAACAAAUGUCGCAUCAGCUGCGGAGGGAUAUGACGACAAAUCAUCCAAGAAUUUUUCUCCUGUACACACAUCAAGUGCGUGUAACCUUGAGGAGUUCCACAAACAUGUGAAGACUGAGGCAGCCAGUCCAUGCUCAGAUGACAAAAACCAAGGUAAUGCAGAAACAGACCUAGGUUGUGGAGAUGCUGAGGAGUACACUUCUGAAUCAAGUUCCACAGAUGAUUCAGAUCACUCGUCGGGUUCUUUGUCAAACACACGGAAACGGAAAAAUCAGCGAAGGAAAGGAGGUGCAGUCACAGCCAAUUUCAGAAGGAAGGCUAAGGUUCUGCGUGCGCAGAAAGAUAUACCUUUUCCUGAAAUUUCAGCUAAUGUGGGAGAUAAAGUCACAGUAGAUGUCUGCUAUACAUAUUCUGUGGCUACCAUAAUGUGGCAGGAUGGUACUGUGGAGAAGAAUGUGCCCUCUGUUGACUUGUACCCUAUCCAUCACCUGGAUGAACUGGAAUUCUUUCCUGGGGACUAUGUUUUAAACAAUAAAGAUACUGGUGACAGUACUGAGUAUGGGGUUGUGGUGAAGUGUGACCAUGCAGAGCGCACCUGCCUUCUCAAGCACAUGAAGGCCUAUGAAGUGGGCAAAGCCACAGAACCUAUUGAAGUGAAGCCUGCCAGUGAAGUUAGUGUCUAUGACAUCAAGGACCACCCAUACUACAAGUUCAGGCCUGGUCAUGUUGUCAUCAGGGUGGGAGGUUUUGAGGCUGCCACAGGCCCCCUAGAGGCUGCUGGGCUGGUCCUAGAGUCCAAUCCAGAUGGUAGAAUAACUGUAAAAUGGCCGGAUGGAUCUAUCUCACAUUGCUACCCCCAGGAACUGUACAUUGCCAGUGGAGACCUGUCUGAGUUUGGAAGUGACUCUGAGUGGACAAGUGACUCUGAGUCAGGCAGUGGCUCUGAGUCAGAUCAGAGCUGGGAAACCGAGGAUGAGGAGGUGCUGGAUGAGGUGAACUCGGAGGAUCUGAAGAAAAUACAGGCCAGGGAGGAUAAGACCAGGACCCAUGUGAAGAUAUCCCUGACUCUGGAGAAGCUAGAAGAGUUGAGCAAGAUGCUGACUCGGUCUCGUGAUGUCCUGGAGCGAUGUGACCACACCUUGGGCACCCUUAACCAGGAGAUGGAGAUCUCUGACAGCCUGCUUGGUGUGGCCAGCAUAUUUCAGGACAUAGUCAAGAUCUGUAAACACUUUGACAAAAUAUGGAAAACAUCCUUCUUCAAGGAUGCUGGGACACAACUCAACGAGCUCAUCCGAACGUUGAAGCGGGAAAUCCACAGGGAAAGUUCGCUUAGAAGUGCACGUUAUCUUUCUCAGAUGCUUUCAGCCCCGAAAGGGGGACAGGAGAAUAAUACAAAAAUUAAACAGGAUAAAAAUAAAAAUUUUCCUCCCGUUAAUAAUCAUGUGAUUAAAUCCCGUUCUGAAAAUGUGUCUGAAUCUGUUGGGAAAUGUGUUGAAUGCAAGUGUAUGGAUAAAAGCAUAACUGAACCAGUUGUUAAUGGUGAGCAGCCAGUUGAGAAUGGUGAGCAGAUGGUGGAGAAUGGUGAGCAGAUGGUGGAGAAUGGCCAGAUGACAAAUGGUGCCAUAAAAUGUAGUGCUUGCUCUGGGGCAGCAGAAGCAGGAGGGGCAGAUGCUAGUGUUGGUGAGAAGUAUGCUAGUGAUAAGACCCCAUGUAGCCCAACAGCUCCGUAUUUUAAAGCCAGAUCUUUGUGUCAGACUAUAUACAGUUUAUUGGGAGCUAAAAUGAAACAGAUGCAAGAUGAAGUGAACACGGAAUACCUCCAGCAAAAGCCGUCAACAGGUUUGGAUGCAGAGAAAGAAAGUGGAGUGAAAAGGGAGAAUGGUAUGACUACGUUAGAAACUGCAGAGUUCAGUAUGGAGACCUCAGUAAAUGGUCAGGAAAAUGUGACAGUGAGCACUGACACAGGUACGGAGGGAGCUGCUGCACCUUGCCCUCCUAAGCCAGGACUUGAGGGGGUCAUCACUGAUCUGCUCAACCACCUGUUUGUUGCUAACUCGACCACUGACUCAGAAGACUCCAAACUCCUGUCACGUUACAAAGAGGUGGAGGAUGUUGCCUCACCGUUAGCGGAUUCCCCUUCUCAGAAGUCUGCUACGAAAGGUUUUGAUAUAUGUGAAAGUGUGCCAGCCAGUCACAAGUUCAAACACGGGAAACCUCAUUCUCCAGAUAACCCUAAAGCCUUCAUGGCCGCAGUCAGAAAAGAGCUCUCCUUGUUGAAAUCCAGUUUACCUGAAGGAAUAUUUGUUAAAACUUUUGAGGACAGAAUGGAUUUGUUUUCAAUAAUGAUUGUUGGACCUGCCAACACACCAUACGAGGAUGGGCUGUUCUUCUUUGAUGUACAGUUACCCAGUGACUACCCAAAAGAGCCUCCAUUGUUUCAUUACCUGUCCUACUGCCCUGACCGUCUAAACCCCAACCUGUACGAGGACGGCAAAGUCUGCGUCAGUCUGCUGGGAACAUGGUCAGGAAAGGAUAACGAGAUGUGGACAAACCAGUCCAACCUGUUACAAGUCCUCAUUUCUAUACAAGGGUUGAUAUUGGUCAGUGAGCCAUACUACAAUGAAGCAGGUUUUGAGAAGCAGAGAGGCAGCCAGCAGGGGCAUGAAAACAGUAAGAUGUACAACGAAAUGGCAGCACUCAAGCUCAUGCAGUCAAUGGCUGGGAUAGCCUCUCGUCCUCCUGUUGUCUUCCACACUGAAGCUCAACAACACAUCCUGGCAACAGGGCCAAGGAUGAUAAAACGAGUAGAAGGAUGGGUCAGGCAGAGUAAGAGUGGCAGGAUGUCACACGCUGCUACCCCUCAAACACCGGUAGACUCGGUCAGAGUGGUGGAAAAUUCCACAUCUGCUGGCACAACAAGAGAAGAGCUUGUCCAAGAUGAACACAGUGGUGAUAACAGUUAUGCAAGGUCAUUGACUGAUGUUGAAAAGGACAAGAGCAGUCAGAUUGGAGAUGAUCAGCAUGCUAAUGGUCCUGUUGGAGUGAUGUCCCCUGAUAAUGUCUCUGGCAGAGUUAUUCCCCAUAAAGGCAGCAGCUAUGAUAAACCUGACCUGGAUACUGUGCCAGAGUUUCCACUUCUGCCUGCUUCUAAAGGAUUCUGUAUGACAAUCUGUAAACAUCUGGACGAUUUACGUAAUGCCAUUGACAGUAUUAAAGGGAGUUAAUCUUUCUGUACUGGCGAAUACAGAAGUCAAAUAGAUGACUGCUUUACCCCCUUGCAAUUUUAUGUGAUAUUUUGAAGACAACUCUCCAUUGGUGUGAUACAGGGUGACCCAUAUCUAUUGUUUUCACCCAUCUCUACAAAUUUUUAAAGGUGUUUAUUUUCAGACAUUUUGUCAAUGAUUAUGUUCUUAGUGAAAUUAUUUAUUUUUGUCCACUUCGGUUAUACUCAUGUUGGAGGCAAAACUUUUAAAUUCAAGGGAGGUUAUAUAAGUCACGAAAUAAGAUACAGUUAUAAAAAGUACCCUAAGUUAUAAAUGAGGAGUCAUUAUCUUUGGAUUAAUGUUGAUUUCCUGAAGAUGUUUAAAAAAAUAUAUAACAUAUACUGGUCACUUACAUGAGUAUCUCAGUAAGACGUACCUUAAGCCACAACUGUAAAGAAUAUCUGAGAACAGAACAUAUUUAUGGCCAUUGUAUUGAGUGACUUCAGUUGCAUGUUAUGUUGUAGUCUGAGAUCACUCUAACAUUAGGUUUGGCAAAAUUUUGUUCGGCCAUAAAUGGAUCUUAACACAAGGUCAGAGUGAGUUCCAUUUAAAAAUCUGAUGCAGCUGUGAAAAGCAGUUUGUCAUGUCAUUGGAAACAAAAAUUAUCCUUCAAACAGGUCUCACGAGAAAUAUUUGUUUCAGUCAUACAGCAUUUAACUAUUGAUUGGUUAUUUCCAAAGGCGCCUAGACACAAGAUUUUUGGGUAAUACUGCCCUCCUGGACAUAUUUGACAAGUGCAGGUAACUACAUUAGAAUUUUAAAUAGAGCCUGCUCUCACCUUGGUUUUAGGCUCUGUUUGGCAGAACAAAAUAUUGCCAAACCUAACGUGAGAGAAUCUUGGACUAGUUAAGUCUCAGGCAAUUACCAGCAGCACCACCCUGAACCCUUCAGUUUUCACCAGGCUGGAGUUGUUGCUUUGAUGAAAUAUAACAUCCUAGUAUCCAUAUUGAAAAAAGUUAACUCAUUUUUAGAAUUUACUAAUGCUGUUUAAUUUUAAAAGAAACGUGUUAUUUUACAAGCAUUGUUGUGCCAUCUCUGAAGCAGAUUUGUAGAAUGUUUCUGUUACAGUUAAAUGAGAGUCCAUUGUAUGUAAGUUAAGUUUUAAUUAUGUUAAUUCUUACUCUUGUUCAGUUUUUCCUUGCCUCUCAGUCGUACUAUAUUGAAACCAGAUGGUAAGUUAUGUGUUUUUGUGACUUGGAGGGCUACAUAUCAGGGUUAUUCUCUAGGUAAUUGCAUUCUAACAUAGGAGGUUUGGAUGUGUCAGUUGUGUCAUAGUGUCUCCACUUGAAGCUUUUAACCAAAAUUUAAAGAAAAAAAGUAUUCAAGCAGGAAAAAAGAUAAAGCUGAAAAAGUCUUCCCCAAAGAAAGGUGUUUGUGUGUGUUGUUCUCUCCUCGACUGGACUAAAUAAUUAGACUAAAAUUUGCACUUUAUAUCACAAAACUGUUAUGACUAGUUUUUAGAGAUGUUGCAACUUUCAUGUCCAUGACAAGAAAUAUUUGCUAAUUAUGCAAUCACAUAAUCAUAAGAAUGUUGCACAGGGAAUGUGGGAUCAGUGUAAAGAAGACCAAGAUUGUCACCCAGGUAGUAGCCGUCCUUGAAGUUUUCUUAAAGUACAUUGCUAAACAGAAAAUAUGAUCAAAACAGUUUUUAAGUAUUUAUCAAUAGCAUGACAAAUACUCACCAGAUGGGUGUAUAAGGCAAAUAGAAAUUAUCAUUUGCCUUCACAGUGCAGGUAAUUUGGGUUUAUAUUAUUUAUUCAUAAAUGGGCAUUCAUAUUCAGUUUCUACAAGAGUUGAACUUUAAACAAUGGAAAACAUUGAAAACAAACCCAAAAUGUUCACAUUUUUCUCUAUUAGUGCAUAACAUGAGGAGUUAAAUUAAAAUUAGGUUAAAUUUGUAACAUAUUUAGCUCUAAAAUAAUAUAAGGUCUUAAUACAGAAUUUUUGAUGGUCAUGAAUAUAGUCUUUGUCAGUCCAAAUCUCCAUUUGGUCUUUUAUCCGACCCAAAACUUAACUGAUGUGGGCACAGCUAUAAAGUAACCAAAAAUCAUUUUACUCUGGCACCAAA